ACCUCCAGUACCAACUCUUAUAUCACUCUCCACAUUCCUUGAAACCCAGUUAAAAUGGGAGAAAGCAAUGAUGAAAAGUCCAUGGUGACAAACUCCAAAGCGGCCGCCAAAGAAGUCACCAACCCUGCCAACAAAAUCACCCCGGCCGCCAGAAUACUUCAACAUAUUCUAUCAAGCCGCUCCCUCUUGAUCAUGAGGAAGACAAUGAUCCUCGAAGCCCUAAACCAGGCCGAGAACGAGGCUGAGAAGAAGGUGGAGGCCGCACUUGCCAGGGAGGAUGACUUGAAGCUGGACGAGGCGAUGGUCAACAAGGACAACGACAAGGACAACGACAAGGACAACAAGGCUAUUUCUACGGUUACAACACGUAGCGGUCGCGUGGUGAAACCCACCCGGAAAACCAGAGAGAUGAACGAGGCGGCGGAUAAGAAGAAAACCAGCACCAGUAAAGCAGAUACACGUACUAGGACUAGGACCAGGACUAGAAGUGGAAAAGGAGGCAAGGGAGGAGCCGCGAGGUCCAUGUCAGCGCCGCCGGCCGCUACUGUGAACACGACGAUCACACGCAGUGGUCGUGUGGUGAAGCCUAGUUUGAAGGCUAGGGAGAUGGCGGGUUGGCAAAACAAAAAGUAG